AUGCAACCCCAUGGACCUGCGCUGUGGUUCCCAGGCCGCCGUCGACCGCGUCGUCUCUUUCCUCUCCGCACACGCCAAAACAAUCACGCCACUAUUUCCGCAAACGGUGACGCCCACGUUGGAGGGUUGAUUGCUCAGGCAAUGGAGAAGGUUGGAAAGGAGGGUGUGAUCACUGUGAAGGAGGGAAAGACAAUUGAGGACGAGAUUGAGAUCACCGAGGGUAUGCGCUUCGACCGUGGUUACAUUUCACCCUACUUCAUCGCCAACACCAAGACCCAACACGAUAUCCUCCCUGCCCUUGAGGCCGCGGCGCAGGCCAGACGGCCACUGAUCAUCAUUGCGGAGGACGUUGAUGGCGAGGCUCUCACUGCCUGCAUCCUCAACAAACUCCGUGGUCAGCUGCAGGUGUGCGCUGUCAAGGCUCCUGGGUUUGGAGACAACCGCAAGAGCAUCCUCGGCAACCUUGCUAUUCUCACUUGUGGAACUGUGUUCACGGACGAGCUCGAUGUCAAGCUCGAGCGUGCGUCAGCGGAGAUGCUUGGUUCGACUGGAAGCAUCCGUGCCUUGAUUGUGGACCCCACGACGGGCGACUUUGACCGCAGCAAGUUGCAAGAGCGUCUCGCAAAGCUGAGCGGAGGUGUAGCUGUCAUCAAGGUGGGUGGUGCAUCCGAGGUCGAGGUUGGCGAGAAGAAGGACAGAUACAACGAUGCGCUCAAUGCGACGCGCGCUGCUGUCGAGGAGGGUAUCCUCCCCGGAGGCGGUGUUGCGCUCCUCAAGGCGUCGUUGCAGCUCGCGACGGCGAGUGCGCAGGCUGCGAGCACGAGCAACCCUGUGAGUGGAGAUGCCCAGCCUAUUUGUAUGGCCAACUUUGAUCAGGAGUUGGGUGUGGGUAUUAUCAGGCGUGUGCUUACGCAGCCUACGCGUGCGAUUCUGAAUAAUGCCAAUGAGAAGAGUGCUGUUAUCGUUGGUGCUCUUUUGAACCAGGGCCCAACGGGCUAUGGCAGCGCAGACAAGUUCUCCUGGGGCUACAACGCCACCAAGGGCGAGUACGUCGACAUGGUGCGCAAGGGUCACAUCGUUGACCCCUUGAAAGUCGUGCGCACGGCGUUGGUGGAUGCAAGCGGCGUAGCCAGCUUGCUGUUCACGAGCGAGGCGUGUGUCGUCAAUUCUCCCGAGGAGGAGAAGGCAGGUGCUGGGGGUAUGGGUGGUAUGGGUGGCAUGGGUGGCAUGGGUGGCAUGGAGGGCAAGCUCGCCAAACCGCUCACGCUUCUCUUUGACCCGCUCGAGACAGUGGUGUUAUUCUUAUCUGUCUUGCUCGUGAUGAAGCCUGUGGAUGAGAGAGUGUUGCUCGGAGAGGAUGCGCUGGUCACGGAGGAGGUGCACAAGCAGCAUUCUCAUGCACAGCAGGGGUAUCAGCACCCCAUCCUCGGCGCGCCGCACUGGUCUGCGGGCGGGAAGGAGAACGUGCACGCACACUAG